AUGACUCCAUCGCUCUUGUGUGUGUGUGUGUGUGUGUGUGUGUGUGUGUGUGUGUGUGUGUGUUUGGAGUCAUUGCUCUCUACACCCACACACUGUCUCUCUCUCUCUCUCUCUCUCUCUCUCUCUCUCUCUCUCUCUCUCUCUCUCUCUCUCUCUCUCUCUCUCUCUCUCUCUCUCUCUCUCUCUCUCUCUCUCUCUCUCUCUCUGUCUCUCUCUCUCUCUCUCUCUCUCUCUCUGUCUCUCUCUCUCUCUGUCUCUCUCUCUCUCUCUCUCUCUGUCUCUCUCUCUCUCUGUGUGGCGCAGUUUCGUUUGAACUUUGGGGGGGAGCGCCAGGACUCCAAAGUUGCCGCCGCUGCCAUCAGCUCAGUUCAUCCACCUGUGUGGUGGGUGGCCAGCACGAUGGGCCUGCUGAGUCUGGGGACCCCCAUGCAUUGGAAGGACGUCAAGCCGAUUGCUGAUCAUGUCCGGGAGCAUGGCAUUGUCCAGCUGGUUAACAUUUGGAACCGACUCAAGGGCCGACAACAAGACAUUUUGCUCUGGGGCGAUGAAGUUGAAUGCAUGGUCGUGCUUCUGGACCAGGACAAGCGACAAGCGCGCCUCGUGCUCCGGGGCAAGCAGCUGCUAGAUGAGCUUGAUACCAUCUCACGGGACUGGCCCGACACCGAGGCCGGCCGUGUGCUCUGGCAUCCCGAGUAUGGGCGCUACAUGAUCGAGUCCACCCCCGCCGCACCCUAUGGUGGGCGCAUUGAGGAUAUGCUGAAGGUUGAGGGUAACAUGGCCUUGCGCCGCCAGCAAGCUAAGAAGGCACUCAAAGACGGCGAGGUGGUCAUGACCAUUACCGUCUUCCCUCGACUGGGCUGCGGCCUCUUCACCGAACCCCCUUAUGCUCCUUCGCCUGGCGGAGAUGUGAGCAAGUCCCUUUUUUUUCCCGACCAGGCGAUUAAUGAACAUCCGCGCUUUCCAACGCUGACAGCCAAUAUCCGCAGGCGCCGUGGCUCCAAGGUCGCCAUGAACAUUCCCAUCUUCCGCGAUACUAAAACGCCCAUGCCCUUCAUUGAGGAUUUUGCCAACACUGGACACCCCGAAGACCCAGAGGGUGCGAGUGCCGCGCUGCCCGAUCACAUUUACAUGGAUGCCAUGGGCUUUGGCAUGGGCAACUCGUGUCUUCAAGUCACAUUUCAGGCCCGCAACGUUGAAGAGGCACGCCACCUAUACGACCAGCUGGCCAACGUGACCCCCAUCUUCCUGGCUCUCUCAGCCUCAGCACCCAUAUUCCGUGGGUAUCUCUCUGAUCGUGAUGCACGCUGGGACGUCAUUGCCGGCUCGGUUGACUGCCGAACGGCGGAGGAGCGCGGGCUUGAGCCCCUGAAGAAUGACCGCAUGGAGAUCAGCAAAUCUCGCUAUGGCUCCAUCAGCAGCUAUCUCUCUGAGGACCCACGUAACAAACCAGAGUUUGAGGAUAUUCCCUUGGAGGUUGAUGAUGGCAUCCUGCAGACGCUGCUCGAUAAUGGCUUCGACCUGCGCUUGGCCCGUCACUUUGCACACCUGUUUAUCCGAGAUCCAUUGGUCGUCUUCCGUGAGUUGAUUGAUCAAGAUGAUUCGACGUCCACGGAUCAUUUUGAGAACCUUCAAAGCACCAAUUGGCAAACCAUGCGCUUCAAGCCUCCUCCGUCGGGCUCUGAUAUUGGGUGGCGCGUUGAGUUUCGCACCUGCGAAGUCCAAUUUACCGACUUUGAAAAUGCCGCCUACACCAUCUUUAUCGUCCUUCUUUCCCGCACGAUCCUCUCCUUCGACCUUAACCUGUACAUGCCGCUUUCGAAGGUCGAUGAGAACAUGGACAUGGCACAAACAAGAGAUGCUGCGCGUCAAGGCCUCUUUUGGUGCCGUCAACACCUUACUGAUGAGAUGCCAGCCGGCUCGCCAAUGGUGCGCCUACCGCCACAUCCCGACAGCUGCGAGCUGAUGACGUUGGAUCACAUUUUGAACGGCAAGCCCGAUUCCUUCCCAGGCCUUCUACCCUUGGUGGACCUUUACCUCAAGUCAAUGGAUUUGGAGCUGGAUAGCUAUUGCCAAAUCCGCCGCUACCUCGAUUUCCUCAGCGAUCGAGCUGCUGGCAAGCUUUUGACCGAAGCCCAGUGGAUUCGCGAGUACGUGCACCAGCACCCCUUGUAUCAGCAAGACUCGGUGGUUCCCGAUGAGCUUGCAUUUGAUUUGCUCAAGACAAUCAACGACAUUGCCGAAGAAGGCAAACGAUUGAACAUGGGCGCACACACGACGAAACUUGGACCCAGCUCAGCUGGUGCCCAGAGCGUUUGCUCAAGCGGCCCCGGAUUCUGCACUGCCGGUGCCAUCAAGACGGGGCGGGCUUGCUCGCACAACCUCACUCACCAAGCGGCCCUGCCGCCAAUGCUGAUCAAAGAGCUGGCCGUCGGGACGACAAAAUACACCCCAGCCGUGACUGCGAAAUCCGUGGCGCGGGCCGAUGUGAAGGGUGCGCGCUACGCUUGGGUCCAAUGA